CUAGGCUGCGUGGGCGUGGUUACUUGUCACCGCAACAUGGCGCUGAACAGGAACCAUACGGAUGGCGGAGGUGUCGUAAUUAAUAACAGCGAAAGCGUCCUAAUGUCUUAUGAUCAUGUGGAGUUAUCGUUCAGCGACAUGGAGGACACACCAGAUGCUUUCAGAGGGACCAAGAAGGGCCAAGUCAUCCUCACCCCAUAUAGAGUGAUUUUUGUGUCCAAAGGGAGAGAUGCUCUGCAGUCCUUCAUGAUGCCUUUCUAUCUGAUGAAGGGCGUUGAAAUCAAGCAGCCUGUUUUCGGAGCAAACUUUAUCAAGGGUGCCAUCAAGGCAGAGGCUGGAGGUGGCUGGGAAGGAUCCGGGACAUUUAAACUCUGCUUUCCUUCUGGAGGCGCAAUAGAAUUCGGCCAGCACAUGUUACACGUAGCCUCCCAAGCAUCAAGAGGAGGACCUCCUAGUUCUGGGUAUCCGUAUAUGCCCAACGGCGGCUAUACUUUCCCACCUCCUGCAGCAAAUGGCAUCUACCCCCCUCCUCCUGCUGGGUAUCCGUACCCCCCACCUCCAACUGAGUUUUAUCCAGGACCUUCAGGUCAGGAUGGUUCUCUGACUUAUAUGCAUCCUCCACCUCCUCCUUACCCAGGACCCAUGGAGUCUCCCUUAGCCUCUGCUCCUGACCUCCACUCCACUUCUGCAGCCGAAGCUAAAGCUGCAGAGGCCGCCGCCAGUGCCUACAACAGCCAGGCCAACCCUCCGCAUGUCUACAUGUCUACCGAUUUCCCCCCACCCCCUCCCUACUAUCCACCAGAAGACAAGAAAAAACAGUAAAAAGGUUACAUUUUGGAGACCACUGAGGAGGCUCCUGUUGAUACCUUGCUGCUUGCAGGCUAGAACCCCAACACAUGGAGGAUCAGGACACCAAAAGAAGGCUAUGUGUUCGUUUUGACCUUGGUUGCUGCCUUUGUUGUUAACCAUUCUGAUUCGCUUGCCACCCCAUCUGGCGGAAUAAAACAUGUUAGACGUGUCUCUUUGACGUGGUCAUGAUCUUGUAGCUAGAUCUCCAUUAACGUGACAUGUCUGCCAGCAUCUUCUAGUGGCCAUACAGCUCUAAUCCUACCCCCCUCCAAUGAUGCCAUGGACUGUACUGUAUUGUGGUAUAGAAAGCAUGCAAUUAUUCCAAUCUCCACGUGUUUUCAUUGCUAAAUAUAUAGGAGAAUAAUUUAAAAUAUAAUUUAUUUUCAGGGAGUUUAUCUAGUUUUAGGAAUGCAAUCUGCAUAUCACAUUAAAAUAUAAAUUAAA